GAAUUUUUGAGGAGUUAUCCCAGUGCAGGUUUAGCACAGGGAUCGUUUCCUCCUGUUAGAAAUCAUGGGAAAGGUAGAAAGGCCCUGAAAUUGUCAGUGGCUCUGGCUUUUCAGCCUAGGGCACAUCUCAGGCUGCUCCCCAUGCAAAGCACGAGAGGUGAUUUCAGCUUCGUUUCAGACAUUCCACAUUAGGACCCUCACCGGCAAAUCAGGGGCUGCAAAAACAAGGACAAAAAAUAAAAAUAAAAAUAAACCGAAACCAACAGACAUCAUGUACCAAAGUGAGCUUUUCUGAUCUUUUUCCCCUCCCCUCCCACACUAGGACAUCGACAGAAAAUAGAUGAGCAGGCAAAGCCCGGCAGCUUGUCCUUUUCCGAGCGCCUGAGCGAGCUGGAGCAGUUGCGUCGCACAGCCAUGAGGGUCAGCCCACACCACCCAGCCCCCACACCCAACCCUCGAGCCUCCUUGAACCACAGCACAGCUUUUAACCCUCAGCCUCAGAGUCAGAUUCAGGACACCCGGCAGGUGCAGCCCUCGCCGCCCUGGUCCUAUGACCAGUCCUACCAGUACCUGGGCUCCAUCGCCACGCCCGCCGUGCACCCUGCCACGCCCAUCUCACCUGCCCGGCCCGGAGCCAUGACCUCGCUCACGGCAGAGCUGUCCAGCCGCCUCUCGGGAGCCUCCGACCUGACGGCGUUCAGCGACCCUCGGGUGGGAAUCGACCGCUCCUUCCCGGCCCUGCCGUCCAUCUCCGACCCUCGCAUGCACUACCCGGGAGCCUUCACCUACACGCCCACCCCCGUCAGCUCCGCCAUCGGCAUCGGCAUGUCGGCCAUGUCCACGGCCACCAGGUACCACACGUACCUCCCUCCGCCCUACCCCGGCUCUUCCCAGGCUCAGGGCAGUCCUUUCCAGACCAGCUCUCCAUCUUAUCACCUGUACUACGGCACCUCGGCCGGUUCCUACCAGUUCUCCAUGAUCUCCGGCGGGGACCGUUCGCCGCCGCGCAUCCACCCGCCCUGCACCAACGCUUCCACGGGCUCCGCGCUGCUCAACCCCAACCUGCCCAACCAGAGCGACGUGGUGGAGGCCGAAGGGAGCCACAGCAACUCGCCCACCAACAUGGCCAGCACGGCCAGGCUGGAGGAGGCCGUGUGGAGGCCGUACUGAGGAGAUCAGGAGGAGCUCGAGGACUGUUGGACUUCCCGUUUCCCGGCGCCCGCAGGGAUUCCAGGAACCUCCUUUGUGGGCUCUCCCACGAGCUUCAGGAGCAAACCCUUCCGAAGUCAGCGCUCCCAGGAGUGGCGGCUCUCGCUGCCGAGCCCGCGUGGCUCCGGCAAAGAAUUCCCGGCAGGAGAAGGAGCUUCUGGAAAAGGGGACGCUCCAGUUGGUGGUGCAGAGGUAGCAAGGGUGGCUAGAAGGGUAUCCAGCCUGAUUCCAGGCCUGUGGCUUCCCAACGUGCCUGGGCUUGAAGGUCUCCACAGCCCUAAAAGAGUUUCGGUUCUCUUCUAUUUUUAAGAAUUUAAAACCCUAAAAAA